GCGGCACGAGGCUUGACCCAGGAGGACGACCUCGAUUCCGAUGCGGAUGAUGAGGCGGCCAUUGAGGCGGCCGGGGUUUACAAGGGCCGGGUUCCGUGCUUGGGGGCCGAGGGGCAACGGAUUUUGUAUGAUCGAAGCACCGGCGCUUCCUCUUCUCGGUCAAGGCGGGGAGAAGAUCCCCGUAUUGCUACAAUGCAGCGUGAACUGGAGGAGCACGAACGGCGAUGGGAGGAGCAGCGGAAAGCAGAUGAGGCCACAAAAGCCCGGUUGGAGGAGAUGGAACGGUACAUGCGUGCCGGAUUCCAGCCUCCGCAACAGCCUUUUCCUCCCCCGUACGUAUUCCACCCUGAGCAAACUCCUCAUGUUCCGCACAUGGGCGGUAUGGGAUUUUUUCCCAA